AUGCGAAGAGAACUCCUGGAGGCCACCGCUGGUCAGCCACUAGUUUCUAAAGACUCAUCAAAUCGAGCCUCAUGUUCGUACCCGUGGUUUUUGAGAAAAAGAAAAGUAGGAUUCAUGCCGGCCGCGUUCAUCGUAGGCAACUGCUCACGAACCUGGCACUCGGUGCUCGCUGCGCGACGCACCUCUACGAUGAACUCUUUUCUAGGUAAAAGCAGCCCAGUGCUGCGACGCAGCAUGCGCUUCAGGCUGGCCCUUGGGGCAGGCGGCGGUCGGAGCCUGUGCGUGAGGUCGAACUGCGAGGGACGAGCUCGACCCGGCGAACCCGAGCCGCCAGACUACGGCAAACAGUCCAAGGGGCCUGGUGGAAGCAAUAUCCCAGGAAGCGGCAGACCUGAGGAGCUCCCCGAAGAGGAUCGGCCGCCGAGCUUUGAAGAGCAGUCUCCAUAUGAGUUGACUCUGUCGCAGCAGCUGCUUCUUCAGCAAUACAUCGCGGAAAUUGAGCAAACUAGCGCAGAGACCUGCCGUGAAAUGUGCGCGGCCAUCAUGUCGCAGAUGAUGAUGAAAGAGAAUUUGAUUAAGGAGCUCUUGGGGCGUGACGACAUCCAGUUUCCGCCGAUGCCCCAAAUUCCGGGCUCUGAUGAUCCACCGCUCGAUAGCGGGCCGAGGCGGUAA